AUGGGUCUCUCAGCUUCAAAGCGAGUCCAAAACACCCUCCAAAAAUCAGCCGACUUCAACUCCGCCUGCGCCACCGUCUUCGCCGACUGCCUCUCCCUGAGCCAACACGCCUUCGCCGGAGUCAGAGCCUACCAGCUAUCCGACGCCGCCGAGCGCCUCCACGCCGCCCUAUCCGACUCCGUCCCCCUCAUCUCCAAGUGGCUCCCCACCCCGCCCGACCGGGCCCAAGUGGACCGGGCUCUCAAGACCGUCCUCUCCCGCCGCCCGGUUCAGGAGGAGGAGAUCACGCUGGACGAGGCGGAGUUUAAAGACUUCGCGGUGGAGGUGUUCGCCGACGCCAUCGUUUCGAAAGCUGUGGCGGAGGUUUUGAAGAGGCUGCCGCUGGGUGUGGCCGGAAUUGCGGGUUUCGGAGUGGUGGUGAGGCCCGGGAACGACGUCGUUGUGGCGGCGAUUGGGGCGUACGCGCUUGGGCUCGUGACCUUGAUUUAUCUCGGCUUGGAUGGUGUCGGUUUUAGGGAUGGCAAUGGGCCGGAUCUGGACCGGAUCUUGCUUGGUUCAGAUCCAGAUCCGAAUUUUUUGAUUUAG